CCUUUGGUUUUUGUUGCUCAAACCAUCCCUCUCAUAAUAACGAAUCCCGCCGGCGCUGCUAGUACCUUGGUGCCUACUCCAACCGCCCACGCCGCCGCCGCCGCUGCUGCCUUCUGCUACUGUUAGCCGUCCAUUGUCGAACCUCCAGAGACGAAAAUGGUGAAGAACAAGGCGUCGACAAGAAAGAAGGGUUCUGUGGACUUUAAAAAAAUUAAGCGAAAAGUUGGCAGGAAAUUGCCCCCACCAAAGAAUGCUACCAAUACAGAAAUCAAGUCCAAGGCAAUCAUUCUUCCGGAGCAAAGUAUAGUAUCUGAGAAAGCUGGUUUAGCUGUUAGUAGAAAAGGCUUGACUAUGAAGGAGCUUCUUCAAAAUACCUCACACUAUAAUCCAAAAGUGAGGAAAGAUGCACUGAUUGGCAUGAAGGAACUAUUCCUCAAAUUCCCAGCGGAGCUCAAGUUGCAUCAACUUGCUGUUAUUGGAAAACUUUGUGAACGAAUCGCUGAUGAUGAUAAGAUGGUUCGUGAAUUGCUAUAUCAACUUCUUAAGUCGGUGAUUUUCCCUAGUCUUAACGAGGAGCAUAGUCAAACUAUAUCACAAGUAAUGAUGUAUGUUCUCGAUGCAAUGAAGAAUUUGACAAUUGAUAUUCGAUUGAUGGCUUUCAAAUUCCUGGAUCUCAUUGUUCAGCAUUACCCUUCAUCAUUCCCUCUUUAUUCUGAAAAGAUUCUCCAGAACUACGAAGACAUACUGCGGAAGAGUCGAUCCUUUUUGCAAGAUGAAGGAAAGCUUAAUAAUGUUCUUGAAGGAUUGGUUCGCUGCUUGCUUUUGCUGCCUAGGGACAAGUUGGAUGUUUCUUCCACAUCUAGAAUUGUAUCUUCUGACAACCAUGCCCAAGAAUGUUUACAUGCUUAUCAGCCUGAUGUGCCCGAUUCUACUGCCGGUGUUUCUGACAAUUUGAAUAAACUGAAGGACCUUUUAGAUACAUUAAUGAAUUGUUUCCAAGAUUUUACUUCAUUUGUCCAGACAAAGUCACAACUGGACACACAAGCAUUUGAUGCUAUGUGUUGUUUACUGCAAUGCAUGCUCGUUUUACUAAAGUCCUUUAUUUAUAAGAAUAAAGAGAAUCAACAAAUGCUACAACUGUCUGGACAAGUUAUUGCUCCAUCAAAGUUGAAGAAGUUGCUUCACAUGUUUCCACUUAGCCUCAUUCAGUGCCCUUCGGAGAAGGAUGUGGAUAAAUUGUUCACUAUAAAUGUCAUGGUUACAGAGAUGUUUUUGCAUUUAAUUGACUGGCUAUCCCCUGUCACUUGGUUGGAUAAAAUUCUUGGAUUCAUCACAGUAACUUUCCUUGAGGAGAGUUCUCUUUCUGGUAAACCUGCACGGCAGAAAUAUUUAGUUUCAUUAAUUCCUUUCAUUCCAUCACUUGUAUGGCAAGCUGGAGAGCAUUGGAGGUCUCUAAUCCUUAAGGAUUUUACAAAACUUUUUAAGGGUUGUAAUGCAGAGUCUCCACUUAAAUGGGCUUGCUUAUCUGCCGUGGAAGAAAUGCUAGUUAAAAGUCAAAGUACAGAAAACAUGAAUGCUAGUGACUCGGAAUUAUUAGGCUAUCAAAUAACUUGGAUAAGAGAGCUCCCUGCAUUACUGCUCCUUUUAGGUGACAAACAACCACAAUAUUCCAGGAAUGUGUUGACUCUUAUACUUCGGCUAGGACAAUGUGCUCCAGUGAACUGUUAUUUUGUACAGGAAUACAAUCUUAUGCAGAGUGCGAUGUCGCAGUUUUACUGCACAUUCCAGGAAGAAAGAAACGUAUCUUAUGGACCUUUUGUUAGUCUUGGUAGAGAAAACCAAGAACUUGCACUUUGUUGUCUCUACUACUACUCUCGUGUGGAUAGGGCUCUGCUGAAGUCAAUAGCAUGGUGUUGCUUAUGUCAACAAUUGGAACAAUCUAUGUUAGUUCGCAUCAUAGAGGUCCUUGAUUUAGCCUUCAGAGCUGGACAUAUAUAUAUUGCUGAUCAAGUUAGUUUCUUCAUCACUGUACUCUCCCAGUUAAAAGUUUCUCCUGGUAUGUCCUUCUAUCUACUUCCUGUAAUUAAAAUGUGUUCUUACAUAGUUGUUUCCGUUUUGCUGCAAGCAUCUAUUCUCUGUAGGUUACAUGUUUCAAAGUUACAUUUACACAUAAGUUAUAGUAUAUGGCAUUUUAUUUGUUUUACAGACAAUGAAAGAGAUGGUAAUCAGGAGGACAGCUUGAAGUUAGUUACUAGCAUUAUUUCCAAGUACCUGCUGCAAAUGGGUGAUAAUCAUCUUAUUCUUCAGGUUCUAGAGACAACGGUUAUUGAUCAAAUAACAAUUUUAUCUGCCCCUGAAAACAUAUGUGCUCUCCUCAGGAUACUUGUAAGACUUGAUUCUAGACCGACUCAACUUUCUGAGCAGAGUGUUGCAAAACUAAGCGAUUGGCUUCCAACAUACAUGAUUGAUGUUGCUUCUUGCUGUUUGGAAGGUCUAGGAACAAAAGCAGCAACAGCCUCAAAACAUAAAAAAGCAUCUUACUAUCUGCUACCUUGCCUUAUUCUAUUCCAUAGAUGCAGAAAUCUUCUAAACACUGUCCUAAAGGGAAUCGGCUCUUUGGUAAUGGAAAAGAGUUCGCCUGAACACUGUACGGCCAAACUUGUUGGGAGAAUAAGCGCUGUCGUUUCUUUAUUCCAAGUGAUGCACAAGGAUGAGAAGACCCGUCGAGGAGCCUUAUCAUCUUGCGUGCCAGAGAUUGAGUUAAUCUUAAAUAACUUUCAAGAGGUGCAAAAAUCUGAAGAUCUUAAUAUGGAUAUUGAAAAGAGACACAACCUUCAGACCUCUAUCGAUCGGAUGAAGCUGAUGAUAAAUGUAUUAUCAGAUGACAAAAAUCCACUUUUGAAAUAGUUUUCCCUUUACAGAAGAAAUAUUCUUCAAUUUUGAUCCAUGAUUUGUAGUGUGUUAUGUGUAUAUAGCAUAAUUUUAUUUAUUUAUUUUUAUUCAAGAUUUUCAUUUGUUU